UGUCCGAAUCAUCCAGAGCGUUUGGAGAAAAUUAACAACUUGCGCUUGUUGUUCAUCAAUAUGCAUCAUCUGAUCAAUGAAUACCGUCCUUUGCAAGCACGCGAUACACUGCAGGUGAUGAUGAAGGCGCAGAUCAAAUCUAUUGAGGUACGCUUCUUUCUUCUUCCUUUAUCUUCAGAACAAGUACUUGUAAAGCGGAUGUCGUAUUCAUGUAAUUUUCUGGCAGAAUAG